UCUGUUCUGUUUAGGUGCGAGGGAGGGAGAGGGAGAAAAGCGACCCAGUGGGAGACGACGCCAUUGCUGUCGUCUUGCUUUUCACACCUUUGAUGAUUCGAUUCCAAAGUCCCUCCCUAACUUAACUAUGUCCGCUGGCUACCGUUUUCCGUGAUCGUUGGGAACUGUAACAACAACAACAACAACAACAACGGACCCAGUCGUCGUCUCCUACUCUUCCUUUCACACUCUCUCCCUCUCCUCCGCAGAACCCCUCCACCCAUCAAUGGAAGAAAACCCCCAAAGCUCAGAUUUUUCCGUAUAAGCUCUCUCUGAUUGUUCCCUUUUCAGCAGCAGCUUCACGUUCUCUUCUGGGUCUCUGAUUAGGAAUGCCCACCCGUGAUUUGACUGUCUUUCAUACUUCCCCCAUCGCUGGAAAAAAGCUCACCCCUUUUUGUUCUUGCUUGAACUGAGCUCGCUUCCCCCCCUUGCAAUGACGGAGACGGGCAAGAUGAGGCUGGUCCGGUGCCCCAAGUGUGAAAAUGUGCUGCCCGAGCUCGAGAACUACUCUGUUUACCAGUGCGGCGGCUGUGGGGCUGUGCUCCGAGCGAACAACCAAAACCUUGAGUCGAGUUCUCCGUUAGAACAGUCUGCUGAAGUGAGGAAUACGACUGUCCUAGAAGAAUCGGAAAAGGUUCACCUGUGUGAUGCCGCUGAUGUGGAAGUUAAAUCAAGUGUUAGCUUGUUGAACUGUGAUGGAAAAGUUCCCGAGAUGAAUGGCUUAGCCCGUCACGAGAAUGGCACCGGUGAGUUGGAAGGUAGUCCAGAAACACAGGAUAUUGGUACCGGGCAUAAACCUGAUGCCAAAGAGACUGGAAUGAGUGGAGAAAAUGGAGAUCAUAGUUCUCAAGUUGGAUCCUUGAGCAGCCCUCAUAUGUCACAACCGCUGUUUGAUCGCCGGGCAACGGAGACAAGGGCGAAUAUGGCACAAUUUCAAGAUCAAAAUCUUCGGAAUAACGUCCAUAAAGCAAGGUUUUCAACCUCACAGUAUCCUCAUGAGGUCCCCUCAUGUCCAAAACCAAGAAGUUUUUCUUAUAGUCAGGAGCUGCCGUCUCAAAGACCUCUAGGUUUGGACCGGGAAAAAAGAGUUCAAUUCCUUGAAGAUGAUAGAGCUGAACUUCUCAGGAAGCUAGAUGAGCUGAAGGAUCAACUAACCCGGUCUUGUGAUGUGGCUGCUGACCCCAGAGAAAAGGCUCCUUCAGUUAGGAGGACUUUCAGUUCAGACACUUAUGACGGUCCUAAUACGUGGGUUCCCAAUGCAUGUCCGAGUUCCAAUGGACCCUCGAAACAGUUUUUGGGCCAUGAAACACAUGCCUCUCCUAAUGUAAGCCGUUACCAAGAAUUUUUCCCUCGUAACCCAAAUCCUUUUCCUGCUUACCAUGGGCCCUCAAGUUCCCGAGUUCUCAGAACAGCUCCAGGACAAUGCCAUCAGCCACAAUGUCACCCCUACGAUCGCAGGCCCGAUCUAUGUGACGAUGCGGAGGCUUGCAAGCCUUUCCCUCGUCGAGAAAUCCUUCAUCAGCCUUCCUGCUCAUGUUUCCAUGGCUGUGGAAAACAGCAUGAGAUUUUUCUCCCGCUGCAAUCUGAAGCAUUUAGCAAGAACCAGUUCCUCGAUGUCACAAAAAAUAAUUUCUUCCCCCCUGCUGAAAACUCCAGUUUAUUUGGUUCACACUACCAUAACAUGCGAUCAGCUGUUCCCCUUCGCACAUUGAAUUCCCACGAGCCACAACGCCAAAUCAGAUUGCCAAGUGGCCUCAACUCUAGAAUGCGUGGCAGUUUUGGUCAUCUCCCUCCGCGAGGGAUGGCCAUGGCCAGUAAUUCCCGCCGUGAACGCCCCAUAGCUGGUGGAGCUCCAAUUAUAACAUGCUGCAAUUGUUUUGAGCUGCUGCAACUACCGAAUAAAGUAAUGCGCACGCCCAAAAUUCAACAGAAAAUACAGUGUGGGGCCUGCUCAGCUGUGAUAAGUUUCAAAAUCGUGGGUAGGAAACUUGUUCUUCCUUUCCAUGAAGAAGCACGAACAGCUGAGGAAGCGGAAGGUUUCAUCCAUUCACGCAGUCGCAUUAACAGGGGUACUGCUAAUUUCUCCUCGGAUGAUUUUGAUAACUCUGGCUAUGAAUUUCAUGCAAUGGACAGAUUGCCUGUUAAAUCAUCAGCAAACAACUUAAGCCAGAGCAACUCCCAGGAAACAGAAAGCCUGCCUUCAUCAUCGCCAAGCAUCACAAACGAUGAAAACAAUCCUAUAGAUACCAAUUCCCUUCAGCGGCCAUUUAGACCGGCUCACUCUCCCCCACCUCCGGGGUCACCACUCCAAGAGCAUUUUGAUUUCUCCUCCAAUAAUCAGACAGGGAACCGAUUCGGCAAGGGAAACAGAAGCAGCCGAUCAGAUCAUGAGAAGGCUUUGCCAAGCAAGACAACCAUGCGGCAAAAUUCUCUGAAUGAGGCAUCAUUAGUGACUGAGUUGGAUGUUUCGUACAAUGACUACUCGAACACCGGCUGUUCCCAAGAUUCGGGGUAUGGCAGCAAAGAAGAUGAUCAGCCCCAAGUCACGAAGGGGAAUGGAGAAUCAUUUCUUGCUAAUUUUAUCAAGAAGAGCUUCAAGGAUCUUGCCAGGAGCAAUCAAGCUUCUGGACAUGGCAAGACGAGUGUCUCUAUUAAUGGGCAUCCCGUGCCUGCUCGUGUUGUUAAAAAAGCUGAGAAGUUUGCUGGACCGAUUCACCCAGGGAACUACUGGUAUGAUUCCCGAGCUGGAUUCUGGGGUGCGAUGGGUGGGCCAUGCCUAGGAAUAAUCCCGCCAAAUAUUGAAGAAUUUAACUACCCGAUGCUCGAUAACUGUGCUGGUGGAAAUACAGGAGUUUUCGUGAAUGGCAGAGAGCUGCAUAAGCAAGAUCUGGAUUUGCUUGCUACCAGAGGUUUGCCUACUGAUAGUAAUAGAUCUUACUUAAUAGAAGUCUCUGGACGCGUCUGGGAUGAAGAUACCGGCGAAGAGCUUGAUUGCCUUGGUAAACUCGCUCCUACAGUCGAGAAGGUGAAGCAUGGUUUCGGCAUGAAAGUUCCAAGAGCUGCUGCACAGUGAGGUAUUCCCAAGCUUAUGGUUACCAAUCUGCAUGGUCUCAGCAACAGUGCCUGAAGGAAGUCCUCCUACGUAUCGAUUCAUCAGUUCGUUGGCAUCAAAAAUUUGUUUCUUCUGAAGCUAAUCCAUACAGCAUUAUUAGAAACAAUACAGUAAGGUGGUGUUGUCUUAUUGUUGAUACCUAAAGGGCAGUUCCCUGUUUAGACUAUGCUCAAAAGUAGGUAAUGCUGUAAGAGAUUUGCCUAGCUCGAUUACGGGAACUGUUGGAGCUGCUCAUCUGCUUCUCGGCAUCCGUCUGUGAAGAUCUUGUUUUGUAGCUCUCUGAUAGUUGUUCUUGGUAAGCAUGUCACAGUUCAGUUUGUUCUUUAGCUUUAGGAAGAACGAGUUAAGCUUUUCUGAGGUCGAGUUUGUAAUGUUUGAGGCUGUUCAAUCCCAUGCUGCAAGUUCAAUGUAUUCUGCAUUAAAA